UUGUUGAAGGCAGGUGUUAAAAAAAGAAACAAUUUCCUGUUUAGGUGUCAGUUGUUAAAAAAAAAACACCACUCAUUCUGAAGAUCACAGCUCAUCCGUGAAGACGUAUUGUCCAACAUAAGGGCCAAAUAUGGAAUUAGACACUAUUUAUCAAAAUGUUGGACGGAGAAAUAUUGAGGACACAUGUGGACCUCAAACACUGAAUCACGGGCAGGAUGAAGGAAAAGAUGAAAAGCACAGAGGAAGUAGAUGUUUGGUGUUGAUGACAGUGUGUCUCGGGCUCAUUUGUAUUCUUCUGCUGGUCAUCAUCAUCUCCAUCACAGCAGAGAGAGAAUCUCUGUUCAAGAGUUACAAAAACACAGUUGAAGAGAUCAAUCAGACCAUCAACAGCUUACAGGACAAUUACACUGAUCUAACACAGAAGAAACUGGAGCUGGAGACCAGAGUCAAAGAUCUCACUGUUGAAAAAGACCAGUUAAAGAACAGCUUCAACUCUCUGAGUCAGAAGAACCGGGAGUUAGAAAGCAGAGUCACAUCUUUGAGUGAUGAUCUGACGAGAGAAGCAUCUAAACGAGGUUUUUUUUUUUUCAUAUUCCAUGAGUGGAAGAGCUGGUCUGAGAGCAGGCAGUACUGCAGGGAUCGAGGAGCUGAUCUGGUCAUUAUCAACACUGAAGAGAAGCAGAGACUCAUAUCUUCAAUCAUCAAGGAGAAAGCGUGGAUUGGUUUGUCUGACACUGAGACUGAAGGCAGAAUGAUAUGGGUGGAUAAUUCACCACUGAAUCGAGGGUUUUGGUCCAAAGGUCAGCCGGAUAACUAUGAGGGAAAUGAGGACUGUAUUGAACUGGACCCUACAAAAGACCCCGUGAACAACUGGAAUGACGUGCCAUGCUCUCACAAGAGGAAAGGGAUUUGUGAGAAGAACUAGAUUUUAUCUAGUCUUGUGUUUUUGCUUCUAUAAUUUCAUUGAAUCGUUUUCAUUGUGAAUGUAUAAUUUCUGGCAGCUGAUGUUCAUAUGAAUUUGUUAGAAGGAAAAUGUCAAUAUGAUCUUAUUCUAGCUGUUAUCAUGCAUCUUAUUUUUUAGUCUGAAGUGUUGAAGUGAAAAUCACAGUAGAUUGCCCUGAUUCACCCUAUUAUUCUGAUAUUGAGUGUCUGUGAAACUGCCUUUGUGUUGUAUUGCUAUCAUUUUCAAUAAAAUGGUCAAUAACCUAUUACUAUAGAAAAUUGUAUUUUUGUUCUUAUUUCAUAUUUCAUUCUUGUGUAUCUGAUUUAUUGCAAUAUUAUAUUCCUGCAAUACCAAAAGCUGCAGUUUCAGGAGCCAAUUCUACUUCAAACUUCAAUCAAACAGAUGUAAAGAUUAAACCAAACCCACAGAAAUUAUUCAUUUUUAAUUAU